AUGGCCCUGGCAGGGAGCUGUGCGGAGCCAAGGCCCUUGAGAGCAGUGGGAAGGGCCCGGGACAGAUCGCCGCUCAAGGGGCGCUGGGAGGCAUGCAUGGCUGUGCUGGUGGUAGAAAGCCUGGAACGAGCGGCCUUUUUUGGCAUCACUGCCAACCUGGUGCUCUACCUCAACAGCAGUACCUUCAACUGGGGUGGGACCCAGGCAUCCCCUGCCUCCCUGCUCUUCCUGGGGGCCUCUUACUUACUCUCACCUGUUGGUGGCUGGCUGGCAGAUGUCUACCUGGGCCGGUACAGCACCAUGCCCCUGAGCUUCUUGCUGUACCUCUUGGCAGCUUGCCUGCUGCCCACUACAGCCUCGCUUGAUGGGCGCCUCUCCUUCUGUGGGCAGAUGCCCUCCUACUCCAUUCAAAAUUGCUCCACGGACCACACCGGAACAUGCCCAGGGCAGCCUCAGUACCAGUACUGUGCCCCCCUGGUCUACUCCGACCUCCUGCUCUUGGCUCUGGGCAUCAGCCCUGCUAGGCCAACCUUACCUCCUUCGGCACUGACCGUGACCGACCGGGCUGAGGACACCGUGCGGUGCUUCUUCAACUGGUUCUAUUGGAGCAUCAACAUCAGGGCUGUCUUUGCCCUCCUAGUGGUGGCCUUCAUCCAGCAGAACAUCAGUUUUCUGGUUGGCUACCUCAUCCCUGUUGCCUGCCUGGCCUUGGCCCUCCUCAUCUUCCUCCUAGCCACCCCAGCUUUUGUUACCAAGCCCCCCACGGACAGCCAAGUCUCUGUCAUGAUCAAACUGGCCUUUCAGAGCUGUGGUUGUACCUGUCUGAGGGACAACAGGGCCAGUACUCACUGGUCACAGGCUGGGGCCGGGGAGACUUUCCCCAAUAGCCGUCCACAGCUCGGGGCUCCAUCUCAUGAAGAAGAUCUUGCCAAAUUCCACGUGAUGGCCAAGAUUCUGCCCGUGAUGCUGACUUUUAUCCCUUAUUGGAUGGUCUACUUCCAGGUGAGGUACACAUUAACCUAUUACCUGCAGGGUCUACAUCUUCACAUCCCCAGCAUCUUCCAGCACAGCCAGACCCAUGCCAGCACCAACCACAACUACCUCUUCCCAGAUGCCUGGCUCCUCCUGGCCAGUGUGGCGGUCUUGCUUGCUUUGGUGCCACUGAAAGACCGUGUCAUCGACCCAUUCCUGCUGAGGCAGAAGCUGCUGCCAUCAGCACUCAAGCAAAUGUCCCUGGGCAUGUUCUUUGGCCUUGCCUCCAUCCUUGCAGCAGGUGUCCUGGAGAGGGAGCGGCUGCAGUAUGUGCAUCACAACCGGACUGUCUCACAGUACAUUGGCAAGGACAGUUAUGUGGCUGCCUCACUGCCUAUCUGGUGGCAGAUCCCCCAAUACCUGUUCAUUGGCAUCAGUGAGCUGUUUGCCAGCAUCCCAGGCCUUGAGUUUGCCUACUCUGAGGCUCCCAAGUCCAUGAAAGGAGCCACCAUGGGUCUCUUCUUCAUCUCUGGGGUAGGCUCGCUCCUGGGCUCUGGGCUUUUGACCCUCCUCUCACUGCCUUCCCAUGGGUGGAUGCACUGCCCAGAAGACUACAGAAAUAUUAACAACUGCCACAUGGACUAUUACUUCUUUCUGCUGGCGGGCAUCCAGUUGGUCACCUGCCUUCUCUUUGUUUGGCUCUCCCUGCACUAUGAAAAACAGCCAUGGCAGCCUGACACUUGCCACCACCGCAUGGAGCAGGAGGAAGACUGA